AGAAUCUCCCUCUACCUUUCCCACUCUCUCUCUUCUUCUCUGUCCUUCUGUUGAUGCAUAGAUGAAUGAUGUCGUGUCAAUGGGUAUAAAGCGCCGAGCAAGGUUCGAUCCUCCAGUCCAGCAAUCAGCCCUAAUCCUAUGUUUCAGAGAAACGAGAGAAACCGGUAUGACCAUGAAAGCGUGGAGAGAAAGGACAAAAACCGGAGGAACAAUGGCCGAAUAUGGGCCAAUUAAGAAAUUUCCAUGCCAAGUGUAUCUCCGGACUCAUGAGGUAUGAAAACGCUGUAAACUUGAGAGGCUCCAUUUCCAAGCUCUGUUUCCUUUGAUCUUUCCGCCCGCCCGCCCGACCGACACUCUCCAUUCCUUUCUUUCUUUUGUCCAGCUAUUAAGAUAGCAAUCCAAGCCUCGUCCUGCCCUCGUCCCCGAUUAUUCCCGCCGUCUAAUCUAUCAAUGCUGCUCCAUUGAAGCCUUUCUUCCCCGUUUGGCCGUUUCCCCUAAGGAUCAGAAGUUUCAACUUCUUUGAAAAAGGAAAAAAAGGAGAGACCAUGAGCGUGUACAUCAUUGGGGCUAUUGUCCCGCUGGUGGUGACCCUUCUUCUCCGGAAGAAUUCUAACAACGGCAAGAAACGCGGCGUCCCAAUCGACGUCGGCGGCCAGGAUGGGUACGCAAUUAGGAACGCCGGAUUCCCUACCCCGCUCGAGACGGCCUGGGAAGGAGUCUCCACUCUGGCCGAGCUCUUCGAGUCCGCAUGCAAGAGGCACGGGAACAAGAAUUUGCUUGGGACCCGGAAGUUGAUUUCCAGUGAGGUUCUAGUUAGUGGAGAUGGGAGGUCCUUCGAGAAGCUUCACUUGGGAGAGUACGAGUGGCUCACUUAUGCUGCAGUGUUUCAGAGAGUCUCCAAUUUUGGUUCUGGGUUGGCUCAACUUGGGCAUCUGAGGGACGAGCGAGUCGCCAUUUUUGCUGAUACCAGAGCUGAAUGGUUCAUUGCGUUGCAGGUUGUUAUAUGUUUAAUGUCACAGUGGUCACCAUCUACUCUUCACUGGGGGAAGAAGCUCUCUGCCACUCAUUGAAUGAGACUGAAGUUACCACUGUGAUUUGCGGGAGCAAGGAGCUGAAGAAACUUGUUGAGAUAAGUGGGCAACUCGACACCGUGAAACGGUUGAUAUGUAUGGAUGACGAUGUUCCUUCUGUUGAAUCUCCACUGGAGCAGAGUGGGCGGUGGACAGUUAAGUCGAUGACCAGUGUGGAGAAACUGGGGCAAGAUAAUCCUACGGGGACUGAUUUGCCUCUGCCUGGUGAUGUUGCUGUCAUCAUGUAUACAAGUGGAAGUACUGGGUUGCCAAAGGGAGUAAUGAUGACACAUGCUAAUGUCCUGGCUGUAGUUUCUGCUGUCAGGACCAUUGUUCCUGGCCUUGAGAGUAAUGAUGUUUAUCACGCCUACCUUCCAUUAGCCCAUAUACUCGAAUUAGCAGCUGAGAACAUAGUUGCUGGUGUGGGAAGUGCUAUAGGAUAUGGAAGUCCUUUGACACUUACCGAUACUUCAAACAAGAUAAAAAAGGGAACCAAGGGGGAUGCUUCUGCAUUCAGGCCAACUGUGAUGGCAGCUGUUCCAGCAAUUCUCGACCGUGUUCGAGAUGGCGUGCGUAGUAAGGUAGAUGCAAAAGGUGGAUUGGCCAAGUGUCUAUUUGACUUGGCAUACAAUCGCCGGCUCUCAGCAGUGAAUGGGAAUUGGUUUGGAGCUUGGGGACUAGAACUGCUUCUGUGGAACCUGUUAGUUUUCAAGAAGGUGCGGGCAGUUCUGGGAGGCAGAGUACGGUUUUUGCUUUCUGGAGGUGCUCCUCUUUCUGGUGAUACUCAAAGAUUUAUCAACAUUUGCCUUGGAGCUCCAAUUGGUCAAGGUUAUGGUCUUACUGAGACUUGUGCUGGUGGGACCUUUUCUGAGUUCGAUGAUACAUCUGUUGGUCGAGUUGGCAAUCCACUUCCAUGCUCGUAUAUAAAGUUGGUGGAUUGGCCAGAAGGUGGAUAUUUGAUUAGUGAUUCACCUAAGCCUCGUGGUGAAAUAGUCAUUGGUGGUCCUAAUGUCACCCUUGGAUACUUCAAAAAUGAAGAGAAAUCAAGAGAAGUCUACAAGGUUGAUCAGAAAGGCAUGAGGUGGUUCUACACAGGUGACAUUGGUCAGUUCCAUGCUGAUGGAUGCCUCGAGAUAAUUGACCGCAAGAAGGAUAUAGUCAAACUUCAGCAUGGGGAGUACGUCUCCUUGGGAAAAAUUGAGGCUGCUCUUAUGGCGAACUCCUAUGUCGACAACCUGAUGAUGCAUGCUGACCCAUUUCAUAGUUACACUGUGGCUCUAGUUGUGCCAUCUCAGUCCGCCCUUGAAGAAUGGGCUGCAAAGCAAGGAAUAAACUAUGCUGGUUUCUCGGAUCUGUGUGACAAGAAAGAGACAGUGCAAGAAGUGCAAGCUUCUCUUGUCAAGGAAGCUAAGAAGGCGCGGUUGCAGAAGUCUGAGAUCCCGGCAAAAAUAAAGUUGCUUUCAAAUCCAUGGACUCCUGAGACUGGGUUAGUCACUGCAGCUCUCAAGAUUAAGAGAGAAGCCAUCAGGAAGGCCUUCUCUGAAGAGCUAUUAAAGCUAUAUGAAUCGUGAAGAAAAUUUUGUUGGAAGCUAGCUGGCUAUGACAAUUGUCGCUGAGUUUUGUUGCCCUGUGAACUAGUUUCUCAUUUUGUAGGGAUACUGUUUAGGUUGCCUUUGCAAUUUUUGCUGCUUCUCUACUCAUAUCUGCUUACUUGGGCGCAUUUCUGGCCGUCCCACAGUUGUUUAUCAACAUUAGGGUUUUUUCCCAAACUUUAGUUACUGAAAAAAUUCCAACAGUGUCAUAGUUGCACUAAAAUUUACCAAAAUACUAAAAUUUAGAAUGGUUUGCUGUUCACUGCGC